AUGCCGGAAGAAAUGCUCGAUUCUGGUUCAGAUUCUGAUCCUGAAAAGCCAGUAUUGAGACAAAUUGCAAAAGACCACCAACAAGCCCCCAGCAAAGAACAAGAUCGCGAAUCCCUUCUAAGGGAGCUUGGACAGGAUUCCUUCACUACGUUGGAGGAAUACAAAGCCGCCAAUGCUGAGAGGCUCAAGCGAUGUUACAUGGCCGAUGAGCGAGAUCAGAAUAGAAAUAUUCUUCACUGGUUAUCCGUCCAUCUUCCUUCUAAUCCUACCGACGAUGAAAAUACAAGUCUUCAUUGGCUUGUAACCACGGUAGUAGAGUUGGAGCCCAAGAUUGUCACUAUGGUCGCAACGGAUAGUCAAAAGGCCAACUGCUUACAGACUGCGAUCGAGCAUGCGAGAUUUGACUUGAUAGAGUCUCUCUUCAAAACAAGUGAUGACGACGUUUUGAAAGUAGCUAUAUCACAAGGAAAUCAUUGCAAUGAAACAUGUCUUCACUUGGCUAUCAGGCUUGGACCAUCAGGUGUUGGGCUAGUUUUACAACUGUUAGAAAAGUCUGAACCGAAAGCAAUCCUGAAGCAACGGACAUACAGAUUCGAAGACGAUAAACCGAAUCAUGGGAAUACUGUCUUGCAUGACUUUGUUCAUAUCAAUGUUUGUUUUGUCAAGGGAUAUAUGAAGACUCUGAGAAGAUUCAUCCAACUAUGCCCGGAAGCAUUAAAGAUGUCCAAUGCUGCGAAGGAAUCACCGUUCCAGUUUCACAUCUCGACGAGGAACAAGGUCUAUCCAGAUUGGCAGGGAUUAGAGUUUUCACCGCGAAAUGAGCGACAUGACAAGAAAAAAGAAGCAGCAGCCAAGGUUGGAAGACUACUACUGGAUGAAGCGUUUUCUCAGUCAACCUGGGAAGAUGCUUGUGGGUGUGUAUAUGGUGAAAAGACUUUUGACCAAGCUACAACGUUCAGACCCGCGGCUCCCAUCAACAAGCGGAUAGACAGGUCGCACUCAUUUCUCCAAUUCUAUCCUAUUCUGUCGUAUGUCGAACUUGUGCUAGCCCAACCCAACCCCCAAGACAGUCAUGAUACGUCCACACACCUAUCCGGUGAGCACAUCGACAUUACAACUGCUAGACAUCGUGCCGAACGAACGGAGAGUAUAAAAAGAGUAUUUGCGUGGUUUAGGAAGCAGAAAGUGAAAAGAAUCCUGAACCUUGUCGUCAGAGAUGAUACGAGAUCGCCCUGUAGCGAUGCGGUUAUCGAGGAAUGUCUGAGAGACUUUGAUGUUCGAUAUCUGCAAUGGACGAAAGACGACCUCUGUAUCGAAGUUCUUCACAAUGCUGGACUUUCCAAUGUUAAAGAACUUUGGCUUCAAUGGAGCGGAAGAAACUCGGUCCUGUAUAGUUGGUCAUGCAAAGAUACAGGGCUACCCAAAUUGCCACAGCUUGAGAUGGUCCAUAUCCAUACACGAGCUGGAAUAGAAUCACCAGACGCAAACAAGAAUAACCUCAAGAACUUCAAUAUCCGACUCAAGGAAAGUAUCGACAGUGUUCAAAUCGACGACUACCAAUCGGACUUAACAACAAAGGUUACGAAAGCACUGCAAGAGGAUUUGUCUCCUCUGGGGUCCAAACUGCAAGCGUCUAUGUCCACAUGGAGUGGUGGUCCAGACUACGUCCAAAUCGCCAAAGUUGGUCAAGGAGAGAAGCCACCCAUGAUUGAAGCUACUAUCGCUGGGUUCAAGGCCAGAGCGAUGUUUGAUCGCCAAGAUACAAAAGGUGUUCGACAGAUUAAAGUCGAUGAUGAAUCUCAUGAGACCCUAAGUGAGGCUAAUGCUUCUAAAACCGACGACCGCCAAGAGCAAAAGGGACAUCGCUGGCUUGAUGCCAUUAAGAGACUUAAGACGGGUAUUAACAUUUAUAAACAGAAUAACCAACUCACAGUUCGGCCCAUCCGAGUUGCGUUACUCGAUGAUGGAGUGAAUCCAGGCGAGUUGGUUGUCCCCGGGGUCUUGAAGGAUGGUUGGCCACUUCCCAGCACAAGUCGCCUCCAUAGCUCCAAGCCAUACUACAGCUCAGACCAAGGUCAUGGCACAAAGAUGGCAAGACUGUUGUACUUCAUGUGUCCAUUUAUAUCUAUUUAUGUGGCGAAGAUUGAUAUGUAUCGGGAGCACGACACGAGCGCUGCGAUGUCAGCUGCCAAGGCAAUAAAUUGGGCAGUGAGCAAGAACGUCGACAUCAUCUCCAUGAGUUGGACUGUCAAGCAGGUCAGAUACGGUCCAAACUCAAAUCAAACGGCCAUCACGGCACUUGAGCGGGCUAUACAAUCAGCAGCCAACGCUGAUAUCCUGCUGUUUUGUGCUGUGCAGGAUUCUGGUCACUACGAAAAUGACGAGAUAUCCUUUCCGCAGAAGAGUGAUACCAAGAAGCUUAUCAUCGUAGGUUCGGCUAAUGAAAACGGAGACAAGUCCACAUUUGUCAACGAGAACAGCUUCAACUACCUUUUUCCUGGGGAGAUUGUCAUACCGGAGAUACUUACAGAGCACGACAAGGGAAGCUCAGUCGCUACUGCGGUGGCAGCCGGAAUGGCAGCUAUGAUAUUGUGGUGUGCCGAAUACCACUCUAAAACCCAAGAGUCUCGGGGUGACAGGACACUCCUCAGUACCCCAGCUACCACACUCUCACCUGGCCUAGCUAUUCCGGAAACAUUUGAGACAGGUUUAAGAACGACACCAGAAUGGGACUUUCGCCGCGAUGGAAGAAUGAGUGCUCUUUUUGACGCACUCAAGCCAGACAAUGACAAGUUUGUGGACAUCACGAGCAUGAUAAACUCGGUCAUGGCCAGCGUCGAUGAGUUUCACGAGACAGAUCUUGAGAACCAGAAGUCAUGUAUCGAGGCAUUUGUGUCCAUGUGCAAGGGAAAUUUGCCUUUAAAUCGUCGAUAA